AUGGUUGCUCAACCAUACAGAUUGUUAACGUCAAAGUGCAUCAGGCACAAGGCGGAACGAGGAUUGGAAUGGCAGGAUAGGGGUGGCCACUCUAUGCUCCAAGGACGGCGAGAGCCCCGAGAAGGCCCCUCGAGGCCACGAGACGGCCCGAAAAAAUCCUGCGGUCCCUCAAAUUUCGCGCGCCAGGACAUGCGACACGAGCAUGACGCGACUCCCGCGAUUAGCAGAGCCGCGGAAUCACGUGCUAAUAAGGGUUGGCCAUAUUCGACGGAAAGAUGUGGCAACACUGUAACUUUUGACAGAGAUGUUAGAUCGAGUAACGACGUAGCGCGUUUGAAGCGUCAGUCGAAGGAAAUUUGUGCCAUGGAACAGUACACGCCACGCGAACGCUCUCAGAUUGUUGAAAUUUACAUUCAACAAAACAAGUCAAUUGUUAAAACUCAACGUGCAUGGAGAAAAAUAAAUAAAGUGAAAAGUGCGCCUUCCGCGAACACAUUGUAUCGUUUGUAUGAAAGAUUUUCAACUGGUGAGGCACUCACUAAUCCCAAGCGUCCAAAUAAAGUGCGACCAAGGCGAUCGGAUGAUAAUAUCGCACUCGUACAGGCCAGUGUUCAGAGGUCUCCAACAACAUCUCAAACACGUCGAUCUGAGCAGUUGGGCAUAAAACGAACCACUUUACGUCGCAUAUUGCAUCAUGAUUUGCAUUUGUUCCCAUACAAAGUUCAAGUGACGCAAAAACUGUUACCUGUCGAUAAGCCACGUCGAUUGGAAUGGACCCAACGUGUAAUCGAAAUGGCUGAAACUGACGAAAAUUUUUGGCAAAAAAUCAUCAUGAGCGAUGAAGCUCAUUUCACGUUAACCGGAACCGUAAACAAACAAAAUUUUCGGUUCUAUGGUACUGAAAAUCCUCAAAUCAUUCACGAGGUACCUCUUUAUGCCUAG